GGAUCAAGUUACAGCACAACACAGUCUGAAUGCGGCAGUCAUUAACACCUGCCUGGCAUGCAGGUCCUCCCUCUUAUCCUUCUAUCUGACACCGUCUUUAAUCCACAGCCUCUGCUCUUACAGGCUGGAACUAGACUUCGUAGAGAUAUGGCACCCAUUCCAGAGUGAGCCUCCUGACACUGGAUCUGAGCCGGCGACAGAACUGUCUGGAGUCAGAAAUGUCUAAGGCUCAGCCACGCAUGGUCUUCCACAUCGGGGAUGGAAGAACGUUUUCGAGGGCAAGAUUUCUGUCUUUACUAAACACCUACAACUGCUUUCUGAAGGACAAGACUCAUCUGCAACUCACUGUCAGUGAGAGCCCUGCUGGUCAGGUGACCCUCGAUGGAUUCCUGGUCGUCUCUUGGGGCAUGAAGAGACCAAUCCGGCUUAAAAUCCAGGAUGAGAAACAGAUGGUGGCGUGGGAUCAGUCAAAGUCUCAGGAAUAUUCUCCAGACCCAAUUAGCCCACUUGGAAAUAAAAGGGGUAUGACCCGAUGGGGAGAAUUUGACAAUCUCCAUCACAUCGAUGAACUAGAAGAAACUGUUCAAGAUGAUUCAGAAACUGUCGACAGUGCUGCUGCAGAGUUUUUUCAAAGGCUGCAUCGCCCACCUAAAAAAUGCUCCUCAUGCCCAGACUACAGGCAGUACGAGAGUCAGACACUGAGGGUGACCCGACACGAACCCGUCACAGAGAGCUCUAUCCUGUUCCGCACCAGGAGUGAUGCCUCGCUGGUGAAAAAGAGAGUAAAGACCCAGGGGGCAGAGGAGAGACGGACUAACAGAAAGCAUCGGUUCUCUAUUAACGGACAUUUCUAUAACUAUAAGACAUCAAUAUUUACGCCAUCCUACGGGACCGCCACGAACGUUCGGAUAAACAGCACAAUGAAAACACAGGAGGUCAUCUGCCAGCUCCUAAAUAAAUUUAAGAUAGAAAAUGACCCAAGUGAAUUUGCAUUGUAUUGCAUUCAUCAAAGUGGAGAAAGGAAAAAGCUGGGAAGCUCAGAUCUUCCCCUUUGGGAGCGUUUUCUUCAAGGCCCAUCAGAGGACAUCAUGAGAGUCUUCCUCAUGGACACUGAUGAACAGGAAGUUAGCAUGGACGUAGCACAGUAUGUUAAUUUAGAGCUGCCUAUACUUCAGCGAGUCCUUCGAAAGCUCCAAGAGGAGGAGAGCAAAGAGAUACAGCGUGUCGUCAAUAAGUACAGGCGCGAGCACAAUCUCCUAACGCAAUGCCUAAACUCAAAGUUGACAACAAAGACUGAGACAACUGUGUGACAUGAGUCCUGGAAGAAUAAAAAGACUGGAAGAGAUUUUUUUUCCAUUCAGUUCCCAAAGAAUAUUUACAGAUGUUUAAGUUUUGAAGGUUUUUUUUUUAAUGAAAUAUUAUAUGGACUGUCUAGCAUCCGUCUUCAAUUAUAAAUAUUGUUAAUAGACGUUAGUGUAAAAAUUAGGGAUGACCAGGGAAAAGCUACUGGAAAAACUGUGUCGUGGCAGUAACUGAGUGAGGCGGCUCCAGCUACAGUGGUGUGUUGCCAGAGGGCUUUGGCAGCCGUGCUCUCGGUCUACUGCUGCUGUGUGUAAAUGCUCUGACUCUUACAAAACGUUCCAUCUUCAUUACAUCAUUGUCUAAAUCUAACUUUCCCUAUGAAUGUUAUGUGUUUUUUAACAUGUACAUUUGUGGUUGUGUGCAAAGGCUUAUACUGUAUAUAAGGCUAUAUUACUGUAUAUAUAGAGAGGGGCCAAAUAAAAUGUGUCCAUACUUUAAUUUGAAUUGAAUUAUGGCAGUAAUGUGCAGUAUUAUGAUUCUUCUACCAAAUCUUCUGAAGAAAAGAAGAUGGGCAUAUUCAAGUUCAAG